AUGCUUCAAACCCAGAAGGUCCGACUCACCAACUAUCUAGAUGAGCGGUCUGCUUACCUAACUCAAUUUUCCGAAGAUGCUAUUGCGGAGUUUGAUGAGAUUGGGGAAAAUGCGCUCAAAGAUCUUGAUGAAGCAGGGGCCAGGAUAAUGGAGAAUCUAGAGAGCCGGGUGCGGGCCUUUGAGGAAUGUGCAAAAUUGAGAAAAGGAUUGUUCUUCAAGAACCUGAGGGAGAGGGCACCUGGAGAGCAAGCUGAAGCUAAAGAGGAAAUUGAGAAGAUUAAAGAAAUUAAUAAAGAAACGCCAGGAUAA